CACUGCUUAGUGCGCUUGGCGCAUGCGCGGAGCAGCGGUGGUCGGACCGCUCUCAGCCCCGAGGGGUGGCCAUGGCCGGGCAGCUCGAGUCGGUGCCCGCGGUGGAGAUCGAUCCGGACGGCACGUUCAAGUACAUCCUGGUGCGGGUGCAGCGCGUGGGGGGAGCCGAGCACCGGGACGUCGUCAGGGGCACCGCGGCCGCCGAGUUCCACAAUCAUAUAUUUGAAAAAGUAAACCCUGAAAUGGAAAAGUUGGGCUUUGAAUGCAAGUGCCUUGGAGGAGGAAAAAUUGACCAUAAUAGCAAAGACAAGAAAAUGAGGGUAUUUGGUCUCUCCACAGGAUAUGGUAAAGCAGAUCAUGCAGUGACCGUAGAAAUACUGAAAAAAGUAUACCGAGACUAUGAAAUCACUUGGUCAGAUGACAAGAAAUGAAAAACUACUCUGGAAUCUGAAAUACAAAGCAGUUUGCACUCUAGCUGUUGAUAUAGUAUUGUAUACAUUGUGUUCAAAUAAAUCACUGUUAGCUUUA